GUCAAAAUGCGUCUAACAGUCUAAUUUAGUUUGUCGCACUUUCGGCACGGAAGCUUUUACUCAAUUAAUUACAUUUCUAAAAGUGACUACCGCCUCAUGCAGCAGAUUAUACAGUACAUUCUGCGAUUCAUCCUAGUUUAACCACGAAUAAUUUCUUACCGGGGAAAUAUGUAUACAUUUCGAUAAAUUGGCCUGACGCCUGACGCUUAACGCUACUAAGCUAGCAUAGAAGCUCAUGGUUAGCAUGUCCUCUGUCAGCAUCCACAACAUCAAGAAGUAGAAUCAGUAACAGCAGUUGACUAACCGGACAACAGGAAGAUGUCUGCUAGUAAAAGGUUGUUUUCUUCUGUAAAGCCGAGAUGUUUGUGGACCUACUUGCGCAGGAGUGUUACAACAUGGUCACCGGUUGGUGCUGCUUUCAAUGCCAGACCCCACAAGAGACUGGACCUGUUCGAGAAAAACGUGGGUUUGUUUGGAGUACCGGAGCUGAGUUCCCCAUCAGGCUUCCAAGUGGCUACAAACAAAGCUCUAGAAAAAACACAACUCCUGGUUGAGAAAGCAUGUUCUUGCACACCUGGAGUUGACACUAUCGCAGCUUUUGACCAGCUCUCAGAUGGACUUUGUAAAGUGGCAGACCUGGCAGAUUUUAUCAAAGUUGCACAUCCGGAUCCGGCGUACCGUGACGCCGCGGAGAAAACCUGCAUUGAGAUCGGCACAGUCGUGGAGAAAUUAAAUACAAAUGUGGAGCUCUGCAAGAGUUUGAAGAAUUUGCUGGAUGACCCAGACGUUGUGGCUCAGCUGGAUCCGGACACAAGGAGAGUGGCAGAGUUGUUCAUGUUUGACUUUGAAAUCAGCGGGAUUCACCUGGAUGAGAAGCUGAGGAAAGAGGCGGUUGCUCUCCACGUGAAGCUCUUAGAUCUUAACAACGAGUUCCUGGUGGGCUCUCACAUGCCCAACAGAAUUGCCAGGUCUUCCAUCCCCGAGCAUCUUCACCUGCACUUUGCUAGCGAAGGGAGCUUUGUGCAAGUCGGAGGACUCCACGCGGACGCGCCUGAUGAUUUGGUUCGAGAAAUCGCCUACAGGAUUUACCUCUACCCAAACGCAGAUCUGAUGGAGUGUCUGGAGGAGCUUCUGAGAUGCAGAUACAAGCUAGCCAGGCUAGUUGGAUACGACACGUACGGACACAGAGCCCUGAAGGGAACCAUGGCAACGACACCAGAGACGGUGAUGAGCUUUCUUCAGUUGUUGACAAACAAGCUAUCCGACAGAACAGCCAAGGACUUCAAAAUGAUGCGAGACAUGAAGAAAAAACUCAAUCCUCGGAAUUCUGAGCUGAUGCCGUGGGACCACCCCUACCUCAGUGGAGUCUUGCGUGCCGAGAGAUACAACAUCGAACCCAGUCUGUACAGCCCCUACUUCUCCCUGGGGGCCUGCAUGGAGGGCUUGAACAUCCUCUUCUCUCGGCUCUACGGCCUUUCCCUCAUGUCCGAACACCCCAGCGCCGGAGAAGUGUGGAGCGAUGAUGUCCGUAAACUGGCUGUUGUUCAUGAAACAGAGGGCUUACUCGGAUACAUUUACUGCGACUUCUUCCACCGGCAAAACAAACCUAAUCAGGAUUGUCACUUCACCAUCCGUGGAGGUCGCCGGUGCCAGGAAACGGGCCAGUAUCAGCUGCCCAUCGUGGUGCUGAUGCUGAGCCUCCCGCAUCCCACUCGAAAUGCGCCCACGCUGCUCUCUCCCGGCAUGAUGGAGAACCUCUUCCACGAGAUGGGCCAUGCCAUGCAUUCCAUGCUGGGACGCACUCGCUACCAGCAUGUCACGGGAACCAGAUGUGCGACCGACUUUGCCGAAGUGCCCUCCAUCCUCAUGGAGUACUUCGCCACCGACUACCGAGUCGUCAACCAGUUUGCACGCCAUUAUGAAACCGGACAGCCUCUGCCUGAGAGUAUGGUGGCUCGUCUGUGUGAGUCGAAGAAGAUGUGCGGCGCUGCAGACACGCAAUUGCAGAUUUUCUACGCUGCCCUGGACCAGAUUUACCACGGCAAACCUCAACAUCGCUCUACCACUGAAAUCCUACAGGAGAUGCAGCAGAAGUUCUACGGCUUGCCUUAUACACCAAAUACAGCCUGGCAGCUGAGAUUCAGCCAUCUGAUUGGUUACGGGGCCAAAUACUAUUCAUACCUCAUGUCCAGAGCUGUGGCCUCCAUGGUGUGGAAGCAGUGCUUCCUUCAGGAUCCUUUAAAUAGGGACAUGGGUGAGCGUUACCGUCGAGAGAUGCUAGCCCACGGAGGAGCCAAGGAGCCAAUGCUGAUGGUGGAAGGUAUGCUGCAACGUCGGCCCACCAUGGAGGACUUUGUGGACGCCCUGGUGUCAGAGCUUCAGCCAAAUUUUGAGACCUUUAUCAUGGACUCUGAAAGCUAAAAAAAAAAACUCGAAGACUCGAAGUAGUUUUCGAAUAAAAUCUUAGAAUGAGAA